AUGUUUCACACCCCCCAUUUCAACUGGUACGGUCGCGGCUUCAAACUUCGCGCCGCUAUAACAAUCGCCUGCCAACUGGCCUUCGUCCUCUUCGGCUACGAUCAGGGCGUCUUCAGCGGUAUCGUCGGCAACGAAGACUUCCUAAACACUUUCGACCACCCCUCGCCCGGCCUUGAAGGCAUCAUUGUGUCAAUAUACAAUUUAGGUUGCUUCACGGGAUGCAUUCUCAGCUUUAUGUUUUGCGAGAAGACGGGACGGAGGCUGGCUAUGUGGAUUGCUAUGGUUUGGAUUAUAGUCGGUGGCGCGCUCCAAACGAGGAUUGGUACUGGGAUCGAGACUUCGACUGUGCCCAUGUACCAGUCUGAGCUGUGUGAAGCGAACAAGCGCGGCCGCCUCGUGGCGUCAGAACCACUCUUCGUCGGCGUGGGGAUCGAGCUGGCGUACUGGUUCGACUAUGGAAUGUCGUUUACGGAAGGAUCGAUCGCGUGGCGUUUACCCAUUGCAUGCCAGGUCAUCUUCGCCAUCAUCGUCAUCGUGCUUGUUUUUGGCCUUCCUGAAUCACCCCGGUACUUGUAUGCGCAUGGUCGCCACGAAGAAGCGCUUCAGAUUCUUUGUGACGUAUACGACGGCACGCCUGAUGAUCCAACGAUUGAGAAGGAGAACAGAGAGGUGCUGGAGGCUCUGCAGGUCGAGCGAGAGCAUGGAGAGUACAAGUGGUCGCAACUUCUCAAGAAAGACCGCGUCCAGACUAGACGUCGUGUAUUGCUUGCCUACGGCGCGCAGUUCAUGAACUAG